CCUGCGUGUAGUUUCUGCUCUUGACGACUAAAAACACGAGAGAUGGACUUCAAAGAACAGGUUGAACACCUCAUAACCACCGCGCAGUUCGGAGAUUUAAUCGAGUUCUCGUAUCCUAUUGGCUACGCACAUUGGGGCGUGUACGACGGGGAUGGAUACGUCGUGCACUUUGCUGUUGCGGAUGAAAAUAAGCUGAUGAAUACAUUUCGGGGAUUUCUGCAGACUGUCUUCCCUGUUUGUGGUGAUCUUCUGCUGGGAGAAACUAAGAUACGGCGUCAGCUUCUGUCAGAGGUGAACGUACCUAAAGGAGCGCGUGUUUCAGUGAGCAAUAGCCAGCACGAUAUUCAGCCUUCACCUCCAGAUGAAAUCAGAAGAAGACUAAAUGGCUUAGUGGACAGGGAGUUCACUUACAAACUCCUCACAUUUAAUUGUGAACACUUCGCCACGUUUGUACGCUCUGGAAAAGCUGUGUGCAAUCAGAUUCCAGGAAAACCAAAAAACAAGGAAUGUGUGGAUGCUACAGAACUAUUCAGCGCCUUUGUGCCAGCAUAUUGACCAACUGAAUACCACAAAAAUAAUUUUAUUAUGUUUCACUCUGGAUAUUUUACAACAACACAUGAAUCCCUCUAGAAUUACUUUUUUAAGACAUAAGGAAAUGUUUCUCACUUUCUUCAGAAUCUCUGCUUUUUUGGUCUCCCAGGCUGGCCAGGUGGAUCUUUUAAAUGGGUUUAGGCACUUUGGAUUGGAGAUAUUAGCUUAUUCCAGCUAAGGAGUGUCUUUGUCCCAAUAAAAAUGUAC